CUUGGAAGUCGGCAAGGCAUCAACCCACUCUCGCCAACGACCUCUCAAACUACCCCUUAUCGGUGCUCUCUGUAACGGACGACACUCUCUCACCGAAAUGGAGGCGCUACGUAUACAGGCCCUCCUGUUAACCGUCUGCGCAGGACUCGCUCUUCUGACUCCACCGCCAACGGUCGACGCACAAGCGUUGGCGUACUUCCGCUCUGAAAAGUAUGUUUUCGGCAACUUGCCGCUAGCAACGGUAACGGCCCUGGGACUGGAAAACAACGGCUUGAUGGUGACGGGAAAAGCGCCAGGGAACCAAACUCAGAACCAAGUAUGGAUAAGUUACACAAAUGCGUCUGCGCCGUUCUUCUGGGCGUGGACGGGCAACGAUACCGCCCAAUACUCAGCCAUGGGCGUGAAGCACGUCUCGCAUCAAACCAACGAAAACUUGUUGUUCCUAGCCCGGGAUACUGGGAUUGAGGUCCUUACCUACUGGUGGUUGAGCCCUCGCCAAACUCCCGACCCGAACCACCCGCCAAGAGUGGUUCCGUUGAACGGCACAUCAGGCGCCCUCACCUCACUCACGUCGGUGGACGCUGCAGGCGGCGUCUUUGGGAGCGAAAGCGGCCGAUUAUGGUGGAUUCCAGUCGUCCGUCCACUAAGUGCCGACCCACCAGACGCUGGCAGCAACCUCACGCUUGUCCGCCAAUUUGGUGGAACCAUUCAAUCGCUUUGGGCUUCCGAGACGACCGGCAGCCUGUACGUGGCCGAAUGGUUCAACUCAUCAAACAACAUCCACAAAUAUCCAAUGUCGCGUGAUCCAAAGGACAUUCCAGCUACCUCAGUCCCACUCAUCUCACUCAACUCCACCUCGUAUCCCAAUCCACCCGCCGACCGGCCCGUCGUCGCAUCGAUAGCAGCCCACCCAGUAACCGGCGAUAUCUACGUAGCGCUGCAGGGAGCUGGCGGCGUACUGGUGUACGAUCAGACGGGGAAAUUGUGGGGUCAGAUUGUGACCACGUUCAUCAAUGUGGUGGCCUUGGAGAUGGAUAAUGAUGGAACGGCGUUGUAUAUAGGUGGGGACGAUGGGGCGGGGCAAGCCAAGGUGGAUUCGCUGAAUCUAAAAUCGCUGGGCUUGAAGGAUAAGGGGGUCGCUGCGCUCGCUCACAGCGGCGGCGAGUCGAGGGUGCCGUUAUCAAGCCCUAUUGUGGUUCUGCAGAUUCUCAGCGCGGCAAUAUAUGCGUGGGCUCUGUGAUUCCGCCACACUAGCACCAUUUUGGAUGUUCCCUCGGGUCUUUCUACGUAGUUCUCUUAUUAUUAUUCGCUCGUAAGAUAUGUACAUCGUACAAUUCCCAUGUAAUAACA